AUGACUCUUCCUGCCCCUGUCAAAUACGUCAACCCCGAGGUUCCUCCAUCUCAGCCUGGCGCUUCGGUGGAGCUCCCUUACGGAUUCGGACCUUUGCCUGAACACGCAAGAAACAAGAAGAUCUUCUACUUCGAUAUCGAUAACUGCUUGUACCGCAGAUCUACCCAGAUCCACGACAUGAUGCAAGUCAAGAUCCACCAGUUCUUCAAGGAUAACUUACAGUUGAACGACGAGGACGCCCACAAGUUGCACAUUCUGUACUACCAGACGUACGGUUUGGCCAUCGAGGGACUCGUCAGAAACCACCAGAUCGAUGCGUUGGAGUACAACUCCAAGGUGGACGAUUCCUUGGACUUGAAGUCGGCGUUGUCGUACAACCAGGAGCUUCGGGACAUGCUUCUUUCCAUCAAAAACGACCACGAUUACGACCACUUGUGGUUGAUCACCAACGCCUACAAAAACCACGCUCUCAGGGUGAUUUCGUUCCUUGGUUUGGGGGACUUGUUUGACGGCUUGACCUUCUGCGACUACUCGAAAUUCCCAAUUGUUUGCAAGCCCAUGCCCAAGUUCUUCAACGACUGCUUGGCCACCACCAACGUGGAUUUCUCAGAUAAGGCUGCUGUUGCCAAGCAGACGUUCAUCGACGACAGCGAGAUCAACGUCAAGGCAGCCCACGACUUGGGCUUCGGCACAGUUAUCCACUACGUCGAGAUCGAGAAGGACUUGGCCAGAAUCCUGGCCAAAGACGACUUCGAAAAGUACUACGGAAAUGGCGACAACUCCGACAAGAGCAAGAUCCAGAUCAUCAAGGAUAUCUUGGACUUGAAGCUGGUCAUCUGA